AGAAAGGAAAUCGAUCGGGACUAGAGGCGUGGAAAUGGAGAGGGAGACGAUGAGUACUGCUCAAGUUAUUGGCAAGAACGAUGAAGUUCUGCUUCCAGGGUUUCGAUUUCAUCCUACUGAUGAAGAGCUUGUUGGGUUUUAUCUUCAAAACAAGGUGGAGAAGAAGCUUAUUAUCAAUCUUGACCACCUCAUCAAACAGAUUAACAUAUACAAUCACGAUCCCUGGGAUCUUCCAAAAGUUGGUAGGGUUGGAGAAAAGGAGGGUUAUUUCUUCUGCAGAAGAGGAAGGAAGUAUAAGAAUAGCAUAAGACCCAACAGGGUCACAGGAUCUGGAUUUUGGAAAGCCACAGGCAUCGACAAGCCCAUAUAUUCUGUUGAUCAAGAACCUCGUGAUCAUGAAUGCAUUGGCCUUAAAAAAUCAUUAGUCUAUUACAGAGGGAGUGCUGGAAAAGGCACCAAAACUGAUUGGAUGAUGCAUGAGUUCCGUCUCCCAGACAGCAAAAGCACCAACCCUAAGAACACAAGUACUCAAGAAGCUGAAGUUUGGACACUUUGCCGGAUUUUUAAGCGAGAUGUUUCUAAUAAAAAGUAUGGAUCAGAGUGGCGAAAGAACGAAAUUUCUAAGCGAAGUACUCCGACUCAUGAUUCAAGCUCAAUUACAUGCAGUUCUGAGUCCAACAGCGGACACAAGUAUUUGAGCUUUGGGGCGCCUUUUGCUACCAUGGGAAAUGAUGGGAAGCCUUUCAGCGAUUCGAUAGAGGAAAAGAACAUGCAGUUCCUUGCACGACAGCACAGCUUAAGUAGUACUGGUCAGGUCCCAUAUCUGUCCUCAUGCUCAAGCUUUUCGAACCCAAAAGAAGAAGAAAUUUUCAAAGAAGGAAACUGGGAUGAGCUCAUGCCAAUGGUAGAAUUUGCUGUUAACCCAUCACUGCUAUAUAGUUUUAGGUAAAGGGUAGAAAAACACUAACGUUUCGUAUAAAUUUGUAGUAAAUUUGUACCGACCUGCAUGUUCCUCCAGAUUUUCCUUA